AUGGACGACGAACUUGACGUUUAUGGUCCAAAUGGCACAGAAACGUUGACUUUCGUUGACGACGACGAGGUCUUGCCUGCCGCCACACAAGAUUCUCAUUUUGACUUCGAAAAUGACUUUUCGUUGCCUACUCAGACUUCCCAGGUUUUUUUUUUGAUCUGAUUUUAAAAUUCUGUGGCGUUUUAAGGGCGCAAACGUAUCGAAAACUCUGAAAAUUUUUCAAAAUAACACUGCGCUGUUUUCGAAAACUUUAGAAAGAAUCUUGAACAUACCAUGAGGCUUUUACUUCCUCAAAGAAACUUUUAAAAUUCAGACUGAGCGAAGUCUGGUCACUGGAGUAGACGCUUCACAGGAUUUGACGUUUCACGACGUCGAUGAGGAAGAAGUUGAAGAGGAGGAGUUCUUCCACGAAAGGAAACUCCCUGAUCACGCUUGCCGGUUUAGAGAAAUGAACUUAGUGACGGAAAUACCAGAUUCUUUUCAGAUAUUGUGGAAUCAGCGAUACCAAGUGUGUGGCCAAAUGUACAGUUUGCGACAAAUGGUUCUGCAAUGGGAAAAUUGGCACGACCGGCUCACAUUUGGUCAAUCAUAUGGUCAAGAGUCAACAUAAGGAGGUGACUAAUCAUAAGCCGUUCUCUUGUUUUUAGGGAUCCUUUUAAAAGGCUUCGAAGUAAUCCUUUUCUUGUAAAGGCUCUGAAAAGCAAAUUCCUUCUGUUUUCUAAUAAAAAAAAAUACUAGGAAGCUAUUCUUCUGGGUUUUUUUCUUCUUGGUUCUUUCUUUUCUUUCUUCUUGGGAUCAGACUUGUUAGACGCCAGUUAGGUUCAUUUCGAUUCUUGAGAUCUUUUGGGGUUUUUCUCAUGUUGUUCAAAUGUUUUUUUUUCAGGUGAUCCUCCACAAAGAAUCGCCUCUGGAAGACACUCAACUGGAAUGUUACCUUUGUGCCUCGAAAAACGUCUUUCAACUCGGCUUCAUCCCGGCCAAGGCUGAUUCUGUUGUGGUAGAGAUCUUACUGUAAUUUUCGCUUCAAAAAACUUAACAGAUUCUUCUCUGCCGUUUUCCGUGCGCUCAGACGGCGUCGCAGAAAGAUCCCAGUUGGCAGAACGACGACUGGAAGCCGUUGAUCGCAGAGAAACAGGUUAUAAUCUUUAUGAAUGACUUCAAAAACAAUAUAUUUCAGCUAUUAUCCUGGAUCGUCUACUUUCCAUCGGAGCAGCUGUUGAUGAGAGCUCGUCAAAUCACGUAUAGUUCUUUUACUAAACUGGGUUUUUUGAAAGCGGAAUAAUUAUUAUCGCUGGAGUAUUAUUUGAAGAUAAUUUACCAAGUGUUAACAUAAAUAAACAUUCUACAGAAAUAAACAAGCGAUGCGCCUUGAAGAGGUCUGGAGAGAACACCCGAACGCGACGUUGGAAGACCUCGACAAGCCAGGAAUCGACAGGGAACCCGAUCCCGUCUGCUUGAGGUUUUAGAAUUGAAAAAGAAGUUUUACCGGUAUAAUUUUUUCAAUAAUCGUUUACGUUAUUCUUGUCCAUCUUCGUAGAAUCGGGGCACUUCCCACCUUCAAAUUUUUCAUUUCUGAAGUCAAUUUUUGAAAAAAGGUCCGAAAAGUUAUAAGACAAAAACUUCAUCCAGGGAGGAUCCGUUCAGAUUUUUUAAAGAUCUCUCGAUUUUCAUCUUCAGAUACGAUGAUGCCUUCCACUACCGCCGAAUCUUCGCUCCACUGGUCAGAGAAGAGGCCGAGUACGACCGGAGGAUGACCGAGUCGCAGACGCAGAACGUCGGUCAGGUCCGCUGGGAGCAAGGGUUGUCCCGGAAACACUUGGCCUUCUUCCACCUGCCAAAGUUCACUGAUGGAAGUGAGUAGUAGUAUUUUUUUCUGUCUUUUCGCGCCGUCUCAACGGCUUUUUUUUUUGUUACCUUUACCUUUUUUUCAUCUUUCCUUGAGCCUUUAAAAUUCUGGAAAAAAUCAAAAGGCUUGAUAAAGGGUCUUUAUUUGCUGCCUUUCUGCCGCCUUUUGAGUCUCGCCCUUUUAGAAGUCAUUUUCCACUAUUCCGACUUAGCCCGAGCGGUUUAGAAGUUUUCAAUCGAACAAUAUUUGAAAAUUUUCCCAUUAAUUAAAGGGAUAACUUAAUGAUUAUUUGUUUUUUUUUUCGCACAGCUUUAACCGACGGUUUUAUGCUUUGAAAACUUUUCUGUGUUUCACUGUCCUUCUUCUCAGGCAUGAAACUGAUGAUUGGCGACGAGCUUCGUUUGAAACACACCCAGACUGUGGACGGAAGCGAGUGGACGUGUACCGGACAAGUCUUCAAGAUCCCUGACAGUAGGAUCCAAAUGAUAAUGCGUUGAUAAGUUGUGCAUUGAUUUCAGAUCACACUGACGAGAUUGGUUUGGAGAUCCGUGACCGGAGUACAGACAAGAUUCCGAAUGAGCAGAGGAUCAUGUUCACCUGCGAGGUUCCUUUUGCACAUUAGUGAACAGUUAGAUGAAUUUAAAGGUUUUUUUUUUGAAGGAAAAGAUGCCAAAUUAUUUCAAAAACUUGUAAUAAAACUGCCUCUCCUGUCCUCUCAUUAAUAAUGAAUUUAUCGACUUUUUAGGCUGUUUGGAACUCGACCUCGUUCGAUCGAAUGAUUGGCGCUCUGGGAAAGCUGGAGAAAGAUCAGGCCUGUGUUUCUCAGUUCAUUUAUCACAAAAUGAUGGGCAGAGAGAUCAACGAACUGGCCUUCAAGGUAUGAUUUCAAAGGGAACUAGAAAGAAAGAAAAUAUGUUUAUUUUUGAACUCCAAAAAUAACAAAGACACUGAUCCUUAUUUUCAGAUCCACCCGCCAAAACGUCUUUCUGUUCCUGGGCUGCCGGAGCUGAACCACAGUCAAAUGCAGGCCGUGAGACAGGUGCUCACCAGGCCGCUCAGUUUGAUUCAGGGACCUCCUGGAACUGGAAAAGUUUGAAACUCAAGAUUUCCUCUUCCAAAGCUCAAUAUUUCUGUCAGACGGUCACGUCGGCUUCGAUUGUCUACCAUUUGGUGCAGCAAACUCAAGCGCAAGUGCUUGUUUGCGCCCCAUCCAACAUUGCUGUAGAUCAGUUGGCUGAGAAAAUCAACCUCACUGGCUUGAAGGUGAGUAAAGUGAAGUUAUGGGUGUUUAUAAAUCGAGCUGCGAAGUGUAGGUUGGAAUAAAGAAUGCUUAUGUUUCUUGAAGUGUGAAAAAAUUGAGCAUUUUUUAAGAUUUUUUUCUGCUGCAGCAAGUUCCUUAACUGCUUGAACGUUUUUCAUCAUUUUCUUUUCGGUUCUUUGGGAAAUGAAGUUCAAUUUUAUGAGUUAGACAGUUGAGAAAUUGAAAAAAGCUUUUUAAUUUUAAAAUCAUUAAAUUUAGAGCAACUUGAGUGAUUUCUUGAGACUCAGUAAUUUAAAUAACUUUCUAAAAUGAUUUCUAGGUUGUUCGCGUUUGUGCAAAGUCGAGAGAAGGCCUCGAGUCGGGUAUGAAUUUCCUCGGGCUUCAUACUCAACUGAAAACCCUUCGCGGCGCCCAUGAACUUCAUAAAUUGAUGCAGUUGAAGGUUCGUAUAGGAAGAAAUCAUAUAAAAGUUAGAAAACUUAUUAUAUAUCAAGACUUCGAACAUUUAUUAUUGUUUUUAAAACAUCUAUGUUUCAGGAAGAAGUUGGUGAGCUGUCGGCGACGGAUCAAGCUCAUUUUGUGAGGCUCCGAAAGGUAAAUUAAGCUGUUUCCGACAAAUAAAUUAUAGGGUUCUCAUUUUCCAGACCAAAGAAGCCGAGAUUCUGGCGGCAGCCGACGUCAUCUGUUGCACUUGCUCUUCUGCAGCUGAUCCGCGUCUUUCGAAACUGAAAAUCAAGUGAUUAUUAUGAUAUUUUGUGGAUUUUUCGGGCUUCUCGUAGUGCAUUCGUACGGCUUUUUUUCGUUGAAAAGAUUCCUCCAUAAGUUUCAGUUUUUAAUAAUACGUCAGAAAUAUUGGUUUUCGUAGAAAAAAAAAAGAUCAAAACUUGCCCGUAACUUUGAAAGGUCCAUAUACCUCUUGUUCAAAGAAAUUUUUUGUCAUUAUCCUUUUUUUAGUGCGAUCAAUCUUUUUCAGAUGUGUUCUAGUCGAUGAAUCGACGCAGGCGACAGAACCAGAGGUCUUGGUUUCAAUCGUUAGAGGCGUCCGUCAGUUGAUCCUCGUUGGCGACCAUUGCCAGCUGGGACCUGUAAUCUUGUGCAAAAAGGUCAUUUUUUCAUGUUAUAUUUUGCUAGGCAACGUAAUUUUUUUUGAUAUGAGGUUGAGAAAACGUGAUUUUUGUCGUAAAAAACUCGAUAUUUGAAUUGAUGGAAGUUAGCGCAUUUUAAGCCGUUCCAGCUUUUUUCGUCUGAGGCUAAGGCGGGGCCAGCACGGGCUUAGAAAAUCCCGGGGCUGCCCCUUGCAAAAAUUUGGUUUUUAGCAUAAAAUGUAUAUGUACGGAGUAAAUGAUCGUUUCUUAGUACUUUUAUAUAAUAAUUCCCUGGUUCAUUUUAUUUUGAAUCGAACUUUUUCAGGCCGCUCGCGCCGGACUCCAGCAAUCGCUCUUCGAAAGAUUGGUUCUUUUGAACAAUCAUCCGAUUCGGUUAGAGGUACGUGCGGAGGGAAAGUCACUAAAAGACUCCUUUCAGUACAUUAUUUGAAGUUAUACUGAUAUUUUUAGAAAUUAGAUUAGUUUUGAACAAUAUAAUUGAAAUUAGUAACUGGAAUUUAAAAAAAGGAAGUAUAAGCACAGUUGCUAGAACUUCUAGCAUUUUAUUUUACCGAAGCUGUGGUACCAUUUUAGCACAGUUGGAUAUGAGACUUUUGAAAUGAACAGCGGAUUCCCUACUUCUUCUUGCACCCCGUUACUCCCUGUUUUGGCACAACUGCGACACGAAUAACCUCAAAAAAACGGGUUUGAUACGGGUAAACCCGUUGAGACACCUGCCCAGCAUAAGAAAAGAAAGAAAAACUCACUUUCCAAAAGUAGUGAAACUUUAAAGCAAAACAAAAAAAUUUUAAUUUGAUUCACGGCUUUUUUGGGAAAUAGUUUUCAACUUUUUGAAGGUUUAUUUGUCAUGUAAUGUUAAUAGUUUCAUAAUGAACUUCCAAUCAAUGAUUAGCAAGAAUGUGAAAAAAAACUUGUUUAUAGCCAUAAGUUGGCCAAAAUAAACUUUAAUUAUAUGCUCCAACAAACUUAGGCGUCACUUUUACUUUCCCUCAAAUUUAGUGCACUAAAAUUUUAAUGAAAUUCAAGCCAGCUAACGUUUCCAGGUUCAAUAUCGAAUGCAUCCGGCCUUGUCCGCGUUCCCCAGCAACGUCUUCUAUGAGGGCAGCUUGCAGAAUGGCGUCAGUGAAAGUGGGUUUUCUGUUCUCGGCGCUGUCAAAAUACUGGUCACUCGGUUAAUGGUUCAGCCACUUCUUUGCUGCCAAUUUCCAAGUGCUCUUAUGAAGUGAAGAAAGAUUUAGGAUAUAUUUCAAAAUCGUUGAAUGAAUUCCGUAAAGCUGAUAUUGGUAGCUUCAAAUAAUCAUUUUUCUAGAGAUUCCGUAAUUUUCUUGUUGUUUAUGAUAAUAUUUAUUCAAUUGUAGCAGUCCUGAUAGAAUAUACUAAAGUGAAACGAAUUAAGAUGAUCGACAACUUCGAGGAGUCGACUGGGAAUGGCCGGUGCACGGCAGUCCGACAAUGUUCUGGUCGUGCUACGGAACCGAGGAAAUGAGCUCCAGCGGAACCUCUUUUUUGAACCGAACUGAAGCCGCGAAUGUCGAGAAACUCACCAGCAAGCUCAUCAAGUUCGUUGUCAGAAAAUAAGAUUGAGCUUAUCUUCACUGUCAUUUUUUACCAGUAGAAUGUAGGGAAUAAGAGAUGAAAUAAAGGAGGGGCAUAUUAAAAAAAUAAAUAAUAAAGAUAAACGAGAAAGAGCCAACCUUAACGAAUUGACAGGUUCCCGGAAAUGAUGACAUUUUAUUUUAUUUUAAUAGUGAACAAUAAAGACAGUUUCCAUGAAAAAGCUUGAUCGGAAUUUUUUUUUCAGUUUUUUUCCGAAGGGUUCCUGGCCAUCAUUUAAAAAAAAAAUCUAAACAUGAGUUCAGUUUAUUCUAAAUGUUGAAGUUGAACAACUUUCAGAGGCGGCAUGAGUCCCAGCCAAAUUGGCGUCAUCACUCCCUACGAAGGCCAACGUUCGUACAUUGUCCAGUACAUGCAUGAUCAGGGCUCCUUGAACUCGAAACUCUACGAACAUUUGGAAAUCGCCAACGUCGAUGCGUUCCAGGUUGAACAUUUUGUAUUAUGAAGUAAUAUCAGAAAAUAUACGCUUUUUCAUCAAAACUUCCAUCGUAGAAAAAAAGCCCAGUUUCGUAUGUUGAGAGAGUGCAACAUAUUGUUCUGAAAGUUCACGCCCCGUGGUGCCCAAUACAGAUAAUUUGACGCGAUUUCCGCUUUUUAUCGGCGCGAUUUGACUCAGAAAGUUAUUUUAAAGCGAAAUAAUUGAUUUCAAGGGUCGAGAGAAAGAUUUCAUCAUCGUUACGUGUGUGAGAUCCAACGAUAAUUCUGGAAUCGGAUUCUUGAACGAUCCGCGGCGGUUGAAUGUCGCUUUGACGAGAGCCAAAUAUGGAUUGAUCAUUAUUGGUAAUGGAAAGGUAAUUCAGGAAUCAUGUUCGACAAUGCGUAAUGUUCCGCAUUCUUUGAGGUCCUUGCCCGCCAGCAGCUGUGGAACGACCUCUUGAUGACGUACAAGCAGAAAGGAUUGAUUUUUGAAGGACCGAUCAACAACUUGAAAUGCGUCGAUUUGGUUCUGCCCAAGCCGAAACCGCAGGCAAUCAACCCGGCUUUUCCGGUGAGAAUUUGAAUGAGAAAGGAAAAAAAAUGGUCUAUAUUCAUUGCUGAUUCAACCAAAAUGGCCUUCCGUUUUUGCGAGCGCGCAUAACGAAAAUUACAAGUUUUGAGUCAAAAGAAUGAAAACUCGAUUUGACACUGGAUCAGAACGGAAAAAUAAUUUUAAAAAAAAGAAGAAGAACCGAAAAAUGAUCAAAAAAAAAAACCAGUUCUCAAUUGCCUUUUUUGUACCUUUCGUGACUUUCAAUGAAUUGGGUACUGUUUUCGCUGCGUUCCCGUGCUAUAUGUUGAUGAUGCCUAGAUACUUUACAGAGCUUUUCUUCCUUCUCUUUCUUCAUGCAGCUAGCUUGUCAAAUGAGUAAAAUGAGAAUAUGCUCAGGCCGGUCGGUAUGGAACGCAGCGGCACUCGUACACCCUGCAGGAGUACCGCGGAGGCAGCGGAAACGUCCGCGGACCGUUCACCUACGCCGACACGCACAAUAUGAUCGCCGAGCGGACGGCGGCGAUGCGUCAGGCCUCAGCGCGGCUUCCUGUCCCGAUCCACAUGCUCAACACCUCGUUCCCGGUGCCACACAUGCCGCCCAAAGACAGUAAGUUUUUACAAGGGUAAUUCUAUAUAUUUUUGGUAGAAGGAAAGAUGUAGAAAUUGGAUCUUGAAGAAAAGCUUGAAAUAAUGAAGAAACUGAUCGGAAAAAAGUUGCAGGACGACGCGGAGGUCCGCCUCCGACGACGUGGUCGAAGCAGGGCAUCUCACGUGGCGGCCAACUCUCGCAGUCGGACAACAACUUCUUCACCUCGCAGGCCUCUCAGGACCCGAUUGGCCACGACGUCGGCUUCCUUGAAGGCUCUCUCUCGGGAUUCUCGCAGUCGCAGUCGGCGGCGGCUCGCUACACACAGCCAGUCUCCCAGGACGACUACCGUGGGAUGGCCCUCGGCGAGGACAUCGUCACAGACAUGGAGAAUCUGCUUCUCUCACAGAAUCCUUGA